AUUGCGACUCGCACCGAUCUCUACCAAAAAAAAAAAAUCUGAUCAACACUUUAACAAAUACCUUUAACAGUGUCACAUUCAGUUCAGUUAAUUAUAAGAACCACAUAAGAUGUCUGAUCCAAAGAAACAGUUUGAAGAGUUAUCAUUGGCAUUCAAUGAACAACAACAAAAUGUAAAUGAAUAUAUAGCUGUGAGGUCUAAACUUGAAACCCAAUUUCAAGAGAAUAAAAUAGUAUUAACAGAAUUUGAAAAUUUAAAUGAUGAAUCUAAAAUAUAUAAGUUAACUGGACCUAUUUUAAUACCUCAAGAAUAUGCAGAAGCUAAGUUAAAUGUCAGUAAGAGAAUUGAAUUUAUUCAAGAUGAAAUUAAGAGAGUAGAGACAAAGAUUACUGAAGAAGAAAAGGCAAUGGAAGCUACCAGAGAUAAAUUAUUAGCUUUGAGAGCUCAAAUUGAACAAUAAUAAUUGGGCAUAUCCCUCAUUGUAUCGUUCCUAUCAGUGUAUUAUAGAGUUUAAUAUGUACAAAGUAU